CUCUUUGAGGAUGACCUGCCUGCCUUGCGGUGGUACUUCUACACGAUUGCUCCAAACAAUGCCUGCGUCUUAGAGGUUCGUGCCUGUUGGGAUGAUACACUGAAGAAGGAGAAGAAGAAGAAGAAGAAGAAGAAGAAGAAGAAGAAGGAGAAGAAGAAGAAGUUAGAAGAAGAAGAAGAUAAAUAG